AUGGCUCUAAAGGUCCGGCUUGAGCAAGGGAGAGUGCUCUUUAUCACCAUGCUUUUCCUGGGCUAUUUGUCAUGUAAAGUGAUUUGUGAAACUGGAGACUGCAGACAGCAAGAAUUCAAGGAUCGGUCUGGAAAUUGUGUCCUCUGCAAACAGUGUGGGCCUGGCAUGGAGUUGUCCAAGGAAUGUGGCUUCGGCUAUGGAGAGGAUGCACAGUGUGUGCCCUGCAGGCCGCACAGGUUCAAGGAGGACUGGGGCUUCCAGAAGUGCAAGCCAUGUGUGGACUGCGCGCUAGUGAAUCGUUUUCAGAGGGCCAACUGCUCACACACCAGUGACGCCGUCUGUGGGGACUGCUUGCCCGGAUUUUACCGGAAGACCAAACUUGUGGGUUUUCAAGACAUGGAGUGUGUGCCCUGUGGAGACCCACCUCCUCCCUAUGAACCACACUGUACCAGCAAGGUGAACCUUGUGAAGAUCUCGUCCACAGCCUCCAGCCCUCGGGACACAGCCCUGGCUGCCGUCAUCUGCAGCGCCCUGGCCACCGUGCUGCUCGCCCUGCUCAUCCUGUGUGUCAUCUACUGCAAGAGGCAGUUCAUGGAGAAGAAACCCAGCUGGUCUCUGCGGUCACAGGACAUUCAAUACAAUGGCUCUGAGCUGUCAUGUUUUGACCAGCCUCGGCUCCGCCACUGCGCCCACAGGGCAUGUUGCCAGUGUCACCGGGACUCAGCCCAGACAUAUGGGCCUGUUCACCUGAUUCCGUCUUUGUGCUGUGAGGAGGCCCGAAGCUCUGCCCAUGCUGCCCUUGGCUGUGGGCUGCAUUCUACGGCUACCCUUCAGGAGAGAAACGCAGCUUCGGUGGGGGACACAAUGCCGGCUUUCUUGGGGUCUGUUUCCCGUUCCAUCUGCGGUGAGUUUUCUGAUGGCUGGCCUCUGAUGCGGAAUCCUAUGGGCGGCGACAUCUCUCUUUGUGACUCUUAUCCUGAACUCACUGGAGAAGAUAUCAACUCCCUCAGCCCAGAAAAUGAAAGCUCAACAUCUCUGGAUUCCAGCGGUGGUCAGGACCUGGCUGGGACAGCUGCUCCGGAUUCUUCUGGAAAUUUCACAGAAACUACUGACUCACCUAGAUAUGGUGACACAGUCUGGGAGCAGACCCUAGCUCAGGAUGCUCAAAGGACUGCAAGCCAAGGAGGUUGGGAAGGCAGUGGCAACCUGAACCUAGCCACACCUGCGUCCUUCCAGGAUGCCUGA